AUGGGCCAGGAGCAAUCUGGACUAGGCUACGAGCAAAAGGGUGUAGCUCGAGCCGGGACACUCGUCUCCAAUCGUUCGCAGCGACGUGCAGUUUCCAUGAGCCAGUAUUCGGGCAGUACCUCCCAGCCGCAGCGCGUCCCAACGCCUACGACGUCGCCGCCACCAUAUGCGAUACAAGACCCAUCUCCAACAGUACAAACAAACCCGUUCUUACCAGAUUUACCUCCACGAGAUGCUCGCCAGCCAGUCGGCUCGCCAACGACGAGUGGAGGCGCCUAUGUGCGCAGAAAUGUGAGCGCGACAGUGCAGCCGUCACCUCCAGUCGCUGGACCUCAUCGACGGACGAUGUCUCAAGGCGAAUAUGGACGACCGAGCACUCGAGAACGCUAUGUGCCGUCCGCUGUGCCAGUGAUUCCAGAGACGACGGCACCUAUUGGCCAAUCUGUCCAAAGACAGGAUACACGAGCGUCUUUUCGGCCUACGCCUAUCAAUAGCCCGCGGGCGAAUAGUGUCCAUAUGAGUGGCUCGCCGACGAGCGUAAUGAACAGCCCGCGAACGCCAUCGCGAAGGUCGUCUGUAGAGGACCCGCUUUUGCAGCUCGUCAAGUAUGAUACUGUCAUUAUUGUUGAUGACUCGAGUUCCAUGGCUGGACCAUUGUGGUUCGAGGCCCGAGAGGCCCUUGCAGGCGUAGCGGAACUUGCAAGCAAAUAUGAUGCGGACGGCAUCGACAUUUAUUUCCUAAACUCGCCGUUGGUCGGGAAUGGACUGAGGCACGCCUCUGAGGUAAAGCGCUUAUUCGACCAAGUAGAGCCAGAUGGUGGUAUAACACCUACUGGAGAGAAGCUUGAAGAACUUCUUUUGGACUACCUUUUACGGUUGGAGCAUGCAAAGGAGAGGGCCGAUGCCGGAGACCAUUCGGCAUUGCGAGAGAUCAAACCGGUCAACUACCUUGUCAUUACGGACGGUGCACCAAGCGACGAUCCGGAGACGGUGAUUGUCACUGCAGCACGACGGCUGGAUGCCGGAAAGUUUCCAAUUACGCAAGUUGGUAUUCAGUUUAUCCAGAUUGGGAAUGACCCGGACGCGGGUGAAGCUCUGCGGGAGCUCGAUGAUGACCUUGCUGGUAAAUAUGGAGUUCGAGAUAUCGUGGACACGACACUGUAUUCUGGCAAUCAGCUUGAUGCAACCGUACUCACGAAAUGCCUUCUUGGUGGUAUCAAUCGCCGACGCUCGUACGCUGGAGGCUGGGGACCAGCUUGUCCAUUCUCCUCCGUCACACGUACUCCUCGAGGCUCGAUGGCUGUAGACCACGGCAGUCUAAUCAACAUAUCUAACCCGCAGUAUUUGGACAUUAACCGCAUUAAUUUGUGCUCCACCUUGACCUUUGGCCAUCGUAUGGGCCAAAGGCAUUCUAGCUCUGGAAACAAGGAACUCGCUCAGGCUGACACUCUGGAAAAUAUAGGAGCAAACUCCAACCAUCCACAUCGACGUGAAGUCUUCAUGUCCCAGUACCCCGGUGACACCAGCAACCCCCAGCGGCAGCAGCGUGGCGUGACGCGAGCGACAUCACCACCACCGUAUGCAAUACAAGAUAACCAGGCAGCUCCAUACGUUCGGGAGUCGUCUGCACACGAAGUUCGCCAGCCAGUGACCUCGCCGACGACGAGCGGCAGCGUCUUUCAUGGACCGAGGAAUGCGAGCACGAGUGCCCAACCAGCGGCCUCGAUUGCGAGUACUUCCCAUCGACGAACAGGAUCUCAGGAUGAUUAUGCGCGGACGAAUCACCGGGAACGGUAUGCAGCGCCUCCCAUGAUGGUGAUUCGAGAGGACGUCUCUGCUCAGAGACAGGAUACACGAGCAUCUCUGCGACCUCUGGCUACCACCAGUCUCCAUGCGCAGACAGUCCCACUCAGCAUGUCACCAGUUGGUAGCCCAGGGACGCCACCGCGGAGAUCGUCUGUGGAGGAUCCUCUUCUGCAGCUCAUCAAGUAUGAUACUGUCAUUAUUGUUGAUGACUCGAGUUCCAUGGCUGGUCCAUUGUGGUCUGAGGCUAGAGAUGCACUUGCUGGUGUAGCAGAAAUUGCGAGCAAGUACGAUACGGACGGUAUUGACAUUUACUUUUUAAACUCGCCAUUAGUCGGGAAUGGACUGAGACAUGCUGCCGAUGUGCAGCGUCUAUUCGACCAAGUACAACCGGAUGGUAUAACACCUACCGGAGAAAAACUUGAGGAACUCCUUUUGGUCUACCUGUGGCGACUGGAGCAGGCAAGGGAGAGGGCUGGAGAUAUGCUGCCGCUGCGAGAGAUUAAACCGGUUAACUAUCUCAUCAUAACAGACGGUGCACCAACCGACGACCCGGAGACCGUGAUUGUCGCUGCAGCGCGACGGCUGGAUGCUGGAAGGUUUCCGAUGACGCAAGUCGGUAUUCAGUUUAUUCAGAUUGGGAAUGACCCAGAGGCGAGCGAAGCUCUGCGGGAGCUGGAUGAUGACCUUGCUGGUAGAUAUGGAAUUCGGGAUAUUGUGGACACGACGCUCUAUUCUGGGAAUCAGCUCGAUGCGUCGAUGCUCACGAAAUGUCUGUUGGGUGGUAUUAAUCGGCGUGUCGACCGCCGCGGGAUUUAG